AUGAUGAAUAUUCCUAAAAAAGUCAAUAUAAUUGUACAGCGUGGGGAGAAUUUGGAAUACACUUCGUCACUUAAAAAAGCCUCUAAAAGUCGUCGAUGGCGCGUUAUAUUUUUGGGUGGAGGGGUUAAAUUAGCCUCAGAGUAUGUUGAUGCAGAAGAUGGUCGUCCAAUAUGGAAUUGUGAAGUAACAUUAGAUUUGAUUAGUCCGUCAGAUCCAGUUACUUUACUUGUUGUCGAUGGAGAUAAUCAUCAUAUAGGUCAAGUUGAUAUCCCCUUAAAUCAAGUUCCCCAAACUGGCAAUCCAAAUUUCGACUUAUCACGGUUAUGUUAUUCUGAUUUAAAAGCGAAGCGAAAAAAUGCUAAUGCACAUGGACGUUUAGUUUAUUGGAUUUGGGCUAUUGACUACUGGCCUCCAGGAACUCAAGCUAAUACUGUACACCAUUCUAAAUCAUUACGUGGUUCACUUACAAAUCUUAGUUCGAAAAUACGUUCAAAAUCUAAGCAUAGAUCCAAAAAUGAUAAUGAUUACACUAAUGGUUAUCAAAAAAGGGAAAUUAAUGGUUCAUCCGGUACUUUACAAGUACCCGGUAUGUCAUAUAAUCCAUUUGAAAAUGAUGGUACUGUAAGUGAAUUCAGUGGACCAAUGGGUUUACCACCAAUGUAUCAAUCACAUUCAAAUAGUCCAUAUGCUCAAUCAGAAUUUGGUGGAUCACUUGCAGGCAGUAUAAAAUCUACUAAACAAAAAAAUAUGUUGAAGAAAUUUAAAUCGAAACUUUCGCAUAGUACACUUAAUUUGGCUGAAGCAGCAGCUAAAAAAGCUGCUGGAAAAGAUCCUUACUUUCAAAGUCUUGAAAAAGGAUCAAAAUCAAAUUUAAGAGGAAGUCAAUCAUCUAUUGGCGGGGCAUCGUAUCGAGCCUCAACUUCUCAAUUAGAUAUUUCUACUCGUCUAGUCAGUGAUAAUGGUGGUAGUUACCCAUCACAAAGUUUGUAUCCUCGUCAAGAUUCAGGUAAAUCAAGGAUAUCAGCCAGUUCAUUUUUAGAUGAGCAAGGUGUUGGAACACCUAUUCAGCAGCGAACUGAUGGAGUUGGUGAAGUUUCAGCGGCACCUUUUGAGUCACCUGGUAGUUUUCAUACUUCAGUAUUUGGUGCUCAACCUGAUGAUCGACCUAGUAAACCUAUUGAAGAUAUGACAAAGCGUGAAACAGCUGAAUAUGUGACACAUUUACUAAAAUCGUUACAAACUGCUCGAACAGAAAUUACCCGUUUACAAAUAGAAAAUGAUCGAUUGACUGGUCAUUCACAUGAAUCUGAACGAGAAUUAAAUGAAGUUCGUAUGACUUUGGCAACAUUACGCAAUCGUCUAUUAGAAGACAAUCUUACACAAUAUCUUGAAUUGCCUCGUGAAACCAAUGGUUACAUGGGUAUUGGAAGUAGCAGAGUCGAUAGUGUUAUUGGUCUUAGUGUACGUAAUAAUACUAGUAUAAUGAAUAAUGCCAAUCCAUUUGACAAUGUACGACAUGAAAAUACUAUUGAACCCCAAUCAUUUUUGUCGAAAAUCUCCUCUCUAGGAAUGAAUGCUCGUUUAGGAAAUAUCAUUCCACCGACAAAUAAUCAAUUACAAACAAAUGGAAACAGUGCUAAUAUUGGUGGGGGAGGAUGGUGGUAAACAACUAAUCCAUAGAAAAAUAAAUAAUAAUUUGAAUGAAUUAGAUUAUUAUACUCCCCGAGCUCUAUUUUGAUUUUGUUUUCGAUAAUUGAAUCACCUUGAUCUUGCAAUGAAAAAUACUUUUGUAUGUGUUUGUAUGUGCUUGAAUGAUCCUAUUUGCUCAUUUGUGUGUAUGAUUAUUUCUUCUAUUUAUUAUUGUUUCCUUGACGUAAGCGGAGGUGAUUUGUACUUAGGUCUAUAUGUAUAUGCUGUUCGCAAAGUAAAAAAAACAUUUCAGGUUGAAAUGUCUUUCAACAUUAUUACUAUUAUUGUUACUAAUUAUUAUUAUUAUUAUUCCUAUUAUUCUGCUUCCAAAUAUUACUAUGUUUAUUUUAUUUAAACAAUAUCGAGGCUAUAUAUGAACACAGACAAGCGCAUUGAUUAACA